UACCAGAAUCAUAGUUUGAUAUAUUUUCAGCAUUAGUGUAUCAUUAGAAUUGUUUCAGGAUCUAUGUAUCAUUUUGCAAAAUUAUUAUUGUUCUUGUUGGGGUUUGUUGCCUUGUGGGGUAUUCUUCUCUCUUUUCUCCACCAAUAAUAGACCAAUCAAUUCUAACUUUGUAGUACUUUAAUUAAUAAAGUUCUAUACUAAUUCUCAGCUAAGCUUUCACUGGUACUGAAGUAAAUUGCCUCAGUUGUUGUCUAUGACCGACUAUUCACUUAUUUCAAGUCUUUUAUUAUUUAUUUCACCUUCGUGCCCAUAUUUCUGAACAUUUCUAUAUUAUUUAUAUUAAGUUUAGUUUAAUAGUAGUAAAAUUCAGUCAAAAAUAAGGAAUGGCUUGUGACUCGUCGUGAGUUCUAAAAUAGUACAGAAGCUAAAUUGUUGGGGCAUUUAUUAAAACUCAUGCAUAUGCAUAUUUUUACAGUAGGCCUUCUAAGUUAUUGCAUGUAGUUAGAGUAGUACUUGAAAUGAAACUAGAUUUCUGUUACUGGUAAUAUAUUGUCAUGAAAUACUCUCAAGUUGGUCACACAAUACACUUGAAGUUCAUUGUAUUAUUUAUUUGUGUAUUUGAACUUGUCUUUUUUCACUUGCUCCAACUUGUCAGUAUUCAAUAUGUCUUAUGAUUUUGUACAGUUCUAUAUCAUAUGCAAAUAAACUGUCAUCUUUUUUUUUAUCAGUUCACAUUCAGUAUUUGCUGUCUGUAUUUUGUCAGGAAUUAUGACUUAUUUUUUGGAAUAUUUGUCAUUUGAGACAUGGAUACUCGUUGGCUUUUUGUUGCUGCUGGCAAGAUAUUAUAUUCAUCGUGAAUGGAGUGUUUUGAGCCGGCUGCAAAUACCUUAUGAUCCACCUUCCAUGCUCAACCUUGGUAAUUUGAGACAAGCGAUGUCGAAUGAGGUGUUUACUUAUGACUUGGACCACAAGGAAAAAUAUGGUUUGAUUUGGGGUUUCUAUGCAUUACUGAGACCCAGAAUAGUUUGUCAUGAUUUGGAAAUACUUCAGCAAAUAUUCAUCAAAGAAUUUUCGAGUUUUCCAAACAGAUCGCCAAAUGCUGCAGGAAUAAACGGGAAAGAAAUGCAAAAUGCUCUGAUAGAAUCAAAAGAUGGCCAAUGGAAACGUAUGCGCAAAACAAUAACUCCAACAUUUUCUACUUCUAAGUUGAAACAAAUGCUCAAUAUUAUGGACUGGUGUGUCAAAAACACUGUUUCAAGUCUCCAGAAAAAGAUCGAACAAACAAAUGGAGUUUCAGCCAAAGAUGUUUUUGCAAAAUUGUCACUCGAUGUCAUAUGCUCAUCCGCUUUUAGUACUGAUGUUAAUUCACAAGAUGAAUCUAAACAGGAGCCUCAAAUCUCUGUCAAUGCAAGAAAUAUUACUAAAAUGGGUAAUGACCCUACUCUUUACCUGAGCAUUUUGUUUCCAUGGAUUGGUCCUAAACUUUAUGAAUACAGCAGAAGGAAACCUGGGAUUCAGUUUUUAAGUAAUGUUUGUAAAAAAAUAAUACAGCAGAGAAAUGAUGAUGAUUCUGUUUCAAACCGGGUGGAUUUACUACGGCUUAUGUUGGAUUCCAAAGUCAAGACUUCUGAUAUAAAUAAGGAUUUGAAAAAAGGAUUGUCAGAAAUAGAGAUCACCGGAAAUUCGAUUAUUAUGAUUCUAGCUGGAUAUGAAACCACCAGUACCACCAUGUCAUUUCUUGCUUAUAAUUUGGCUCAAUAUCCUGAAGUUCAACGCAAGCUUCAAGCUGAAAUUGAUGAAAUGUACAGAACCAAAGGGGUACUUGAUUAUGAUGCUGUUAAUUCUCCAUAUCUUGACAUGUGCAUAAAUGAAAGUAUUCGUCUCUACACACCUAUUCCCAGAACUUACCGUACAAGCAAUAAGGAGAUAACUCUCAGCGGCUUUACCAUUCCCUAUGGUAUGGUAGUUGUAGUUCCAAUUUAUGCUCUUUGUCAUGAUCCAGAGCAUUGGAAUGAUCCCAUGGAAUUUCAACCAGAAAGAAUGGAAAAUAUAAGUGAAAUGCAUCCAAUGCUGUUUCAGCCAUUUGGAAGUGGACCAAGGAAUUGUAUUGGUAUGCGGUUCGCAUUAAUGGAAGUGAAAAUUGCAUUCUGUAAACUUCUACAUGAGUUCACAUUCGAGCCGACAUUGGAUACUCCCAAACCCCCAUUGAAUCUGGAAAUAAAUGGUAACACUAGUCGCUCAGAAGUAAAUUUCAAUCUUCGAGUUGUGCCUAGAGAAAGUUGAAUGGAUAAAUGAUUUUUUAUUUCAAUAAUUACAUUUCCCUAAUUAUGCAGUACGCUAUUCUUCAAUUAUUAUUGAUAUCAACAUCACAAUUUCAGUAGUAGAAAAGCUUAACCCUUUUCAAGAGUCACUGGCAAAUGGGUAAUUUAUGUUGAAGACGAACAUUGGGAAGUGUCAGAACAACUAUGACUUCAGCAUUUUCAGUUGAGGUUGAUGAUGAUAAACGUAUUAUGGAAAAAAUGGAAAUAUGAAAAUUUGAUGAAAAGAUGAUUUUUGAAGAUUGUUAUUUGCGCAUCUACUGUAAUACAGACAUUCAUUCUAGAAUACUUCCAAAAAAGAACCGCAGACCCAGUGUUACUCAACAAAUUGUCAUUUAAUCACACCUUACAUGCUCAUGACAUCAAAAUUUACAAUUGUCUUGUAAACGGUUUAAUAAAAGCAGUUUUUAUAGGCUUAUUGUUUCACAACCCUUAUCUGUAUCAUGCAAUUUGUGUUGCGUCUUUCAAGAUAUUUUGAUUAAUUGUUAGUGCUAACUAAAUUGUUAUAUCUAUUAAGUUCCUAUCCUAUUGUUCUCUCUCUUCUACAAUCACUGUUAAACAUUGUAUUUUGAGCAACUAAAUUGUAUUAUUAUUAGUCUGUCUAUCAACCAAAUCCUACUGUUUGGGUAUAUUGCAGUGUAUUAUUUUAUUUUUUCAAUUGAUGUUAUCAGCAGUAUGUUGCAUUCCUUUUACUUCAAUUCAAUUCAUAUAGUUUGCUAGUAGUGUCCGACGUUUUAUCAUCGCUAAUUCAUUGCUAUUUUUAAUUUAGA